AUGGCUGCUUUUCCCCCUCCCCCUCUUGCCUCCAUAGAAUGGGACAACUUGGGUGUUUCUCCUAUGGAAGUGAAUGGUCAUAUUGAAUCGGAAUACUCAAUUGCUACUGGGGAGUGGUCUGCUCCUCACUUUGUAGAAGAUCCUCUGCUGCGCAUUCACGGCCUGGCUCCUGGACUCAACUAUGGCCAACAAGCCUUUGAGGGCAUGAAAGCCUACCGUGACCCUCACGGCCAGAUCCAAAUCUUUCGACCCAAGGAUCACGCAGCUCGUCUGGCCCUCUCUUGUUCGGCCAUUGCUAUCCCCCCUAUCCCAGAAAAUGUGUUUCUGGCCAGUAUCAACCUGGUAGUGGUCCGUAACGCCGAGUAUGUUCCUCCUCAUGACUCUGAGGCCGCUUUGUACAUCCGACCUUUGGUAUUCGGGUCAGACGCUUUCUUCGCCGUCUCUGCAGGCACUGGCUACAGGUUCUGCGUAUAUGCGCAGCCAUACAAGGCAUAUCAUGGAGUCCAGCCCCUGCCAGCGCUGAUUUUGGAAGACUUGGACCGUGCUGCUCCUCGAGGCGUGGGCCAUGUCAAGGUCGGAGGCAACUAUGCUCCUGUGCUAAAGUGGAGUGAUCAGGCCCGUGCAGAGGGAUUCUAUAUCACUCUGCAUCUUGACAGUCGAACACAGUCGCAGAUUGACGAGUUUAGUACAUCCGGAUUUUUGGGACUGAAGAAGACUGGGAACUCGUUCACGCUAGUGGUACCUAGUAGUCCAUCGAUUCUUCGCAGCGUCACCAGCACAUCUUGUGUCGAGCUAGCACGGUCGUUUGGAUGGGCUGUGGAGUUACGACCAAUCCCGUAUUUAGAGCUGCCCCACUUCACAGAAAUUUUGGCUGCGGGGACGGCGGCUAUGGUCGUCCCGAUCCGGUCGAUCACCCGGCGGUCUACAGACGAUGUUUUCAAUUUUGCGGUUGAUGGACCUGGUGAAGGUUGCCAGCGUCUUUCGAAAGCGUUGUUGGCAGCGCAGAAGGGUGUAACUCCCAAUGAGGGAGACUGGCUUUGGCCUGUGAUGGCAGAUGACUAA